ACCGAAAACCCCUCACUUUCUUCUCCUUCCUAAACAAUGAACUUCUCGGGCCCGUAUGACAAAGGCCCGGAUACUACUGCCGAAGGUGAUCAAGAUUCGAACCUGCAUUUUUUGGAAAAUCAUCAAGACGAAACCCCCUCCUCUCUCCCUGGUCCCCAGGAUGAGCGGGCCCAUGAAAAUUCUCCGUAUCCGUGGAAACUAGUUUGGAUAUUCACGAUUCUAUCACUGGCCUUCAUAAUUCUAGUUAACACUUCCAUGAUUGGAUUAAUGAAUUCCUUUGCAGGUAACAAAUUGAAGCAAUACGUUGCUGACAAUCCUUGGAUCCCUUUAUUCACUCUUUUGCCCUUGUUUAUUUCUAGCUACUGUGUGGGUAAACUGAUGCUGCGGAACCCAAAUUCAAUGACUACCAAUUUCUCGUUUAUUGUCUUUCAAUUGGUAUGCAGCGUACAUUUCGCCCUUCACAUAUUUAUUCUACUUGGGAUAUGGACAAACGCUCCUGGGUCUUUAAAGUAGUACAGGCUGACAGGGUAUCUGGGUCUUGAGGGAAUAGGAGUAGACUGCACACUGAAUUGCCUACUUCCUUGUUUGUAUUAUUUUGGAAGUUGAAUAAACGUUUU